AUGAAUAAUUAGUCUUCAAAAUCUGUGCGAUUCAAUGAAGGCCAUAAAGUCUUACAGCCUGUUAAUACUAAUACAACAAGUUCAGGAUCAAGCAAAAUAUCAAAAGUAACAUCAGCUAUUCAAGAGUUGAGAACAUCUUUUAAUAAUUAAGCACAAAAACUAACAUCUUCAAGAGUUUCAGAUCAGUUAAAUGAAUCAGUGGCUACAGUAACAAGAAGUCCAGGACAUUCCUGUGCCCCAAGUUUCUGUUAGCCAUGUUAACCUAUGUGUUAACCCAUGUAUUCAUCUGUCUGUUAACCAUAAUUUAAUUGUUAACAAUAACCUAUUUGUGCCCCUUAAGCUUAUGUAGUUUAGGGAGGGAAUGACUAGAGUCAUUUAGAAAAAGAGAUAAAGAAAUUGAAAAAAAAGAAUAAGAAAUUAAAAGAAAGCAAAGAAGAAAUAAUAGUUUCCACUAUAGCUGAGACUCCAAAAAGAUAAAGACCAUAAUAGCAUAUUUAAGACCCUGAAAUUGAUACAAUAAAAAGAGAAAUUUAAGAAAUGGAGAGAAUAAUAAGGUAGAUGGAACAAUAACCCAAACAGUAAAGCAACUCAGAGAUAGAAUUAUAUAUAGAAGAUAAUAAAAAAUGUCUGAAGAAGAUGUGCAAAAAGAUUAAAUCACUUGAAAAGGAACUUUACGAAGUAGGUCGAUAAAGGGAUGAAGCCUUAAUAAUAAAACAACAGUUAGAGAGAGAAAACCAAGAAAUGUUUGAUAGAAUAGGGGAAUUAGAAUCAUUACUAAAAGUGGCUGAUAAAAAGUAAUUUUUUUAAUAAUAUUUUAAGAGUAUUCGACUUAACAGUAUAAUUAGAAAGAUAAAAUGGUUAUGUUAAAUAAUUAGAAGAUGAAGUAGAAAGAUUGAGAAAGAAAAAGAAGAAGAAGCAAAUUGAAAUUUAAGAAAGAGUUGUUGAAAAGAUAGUAGAGAAACCAGUAGAGGUAAUAAAAACAGUGCAUGUUAAUCAACCUCAUCAAGUAUAAGAAGUGAAACCAACUGAAAUAAUUAAAGAAGUCAUCAAAGAAGUGCCUUCUGAACCUAAAAUUGUGGAAAAGAUUGUUGAAAUACCAAAAAUUGAAUAUGUGUAUCAACAAGUUCCUUAGUAUAUUGAAGUUCCAAAAGUGCAAACAGUUGAAGUGCCUGUAGUUUAAAGAAUAGAAGUUCCUUAUGAAGUUCCUUAUUAUAGAGAUGUUCCUUAUGAAGUGAUUAAGGAAGUUCCUUAUGAAGUUAUAAAAGAAGUGAUUAAGGAAGUGCCAUAUGAAGUGAUAAAAGAAGUAGUUAGGGAGGUGCCCUAUGAGGUUAUUAAAGAAGUUCCUGUUUAUAUUGAAGUCCCUGUUGAUAGAGUAGUGGAAAAGAGAGUUGAAGUUCCUGUUGAUAGAAUAGUUGAAGUUCCUGUUGACAGAGUUGUAGAAGUACCUGUGCCAUAUGAAGUUCCAUAUCCUUAUGAGAGAGUUGUUGAAGUACCAUAUGAAAGAAUUGUGGAGGUUCCAUAUGAAAGAAUAGUGGAAGUUCCUAGAGAUAGAUAUGUUGAUAGAUAUAUGGACAGAUAUAUUGAUAGACCUAUAGAUAGAUAUGUGGAAGUUCCAGUAGAAAAAAGAGUUGAAGUUCCUUAUGAAAAAAUAGUUGAAGUGCCUGUAGAAAAGAUUGUUGAAGUGCCUGUUGAAAGAAUAGUGGAAGUUCCUGUGGAAAGAAUAGUGGAAGUUCCUGUUGAUAGAUAUGUGGAGAGAUAUGUGAGAGAUGAUGCAGAAUUAGAAAUGUUGAAUAUUGAAAAUAGGGAAUUACAAAGAAUCAUUGGUAUUUGGGAAGAUAGAGCUAACAAAUUAGAAAAUGAAAUUAUUAAAGAAAGAAGAAUUUCUGAUUAAUUAAGAUUUGAUAUAGAUUAACUAGAAUAAGAGGUAGAAUAGGGCCAAGCUUCCAAUUAUUAAUAUUAAGAAGAAGUUAGAAAAUAUUUAAAAUGGUUAAAAUCAAAAUAUGAAAGCAAAAUAAUUGAAGCUAGAAAAGGAGUUGUUAUUUAACAUCGUGUUUCUUCGGAAGUACCAUAAAAUGUUCAAAUUAAUUAUCAAUAACCUAUAUCAACUAGUAUUUCAUAAAAUUUGCCUUAAUUUGGUGUAUAAAUGCCUAACUAAUGA